AUGGUCUUCUCCCUAACAAUUCUACCCCUCGUCCAUCCGGCCAUGGGCGGCCUCCCUUACGUCAAGCAGCUCCUCACCAGCUUCCUCCGGCCAGGCCGAUUCCUCUCGCUCAGUGACGCCUGCAGAUUUAACUUUAUCGAUUUACUAGACUGGAUGUGGGACUCCAGUUGCACUUCGAUCGACGCCAAGACACCAGAAUGGUCCCUACAAAACUAUAUAACUAUCUACGGACUGAUCCGUACUACUAAGUAUUAUCGCUACGAAUUCGGGAAGGCGCUGCAUUUCGCUGUUGAAGAAGGGGAUUUGGAACAGGUCGAGUGGUUAUUUACCCAUUUUUCGGGUUGUAUUGUGCCUGCAGAUGUGGUGGAAGUCGCUGCCAGUAAUGGAGAUCUCGACAUCUUGGAGUUCCUGCUGGAACAUGACGCCGGCUGA